CACCUUCAGUUUAGAAAGAGAACGAGAGAGUGGUUUCUGUUGACUGAGCCAGAGCCGGCAGAGGCCGUCUCUGUCUAUAUAUGAAUAGUAUUGAUAUUUUUAAGUAUUCAAAAUUUUCAUUAUUUAUUAAUAUUAUAUAUCUCUUACAUGUUUAUGUGUACGCGUUUAUCAAAAAUCAAACAGAGCCACAGUUUCCUUGGCGAUUAAUUAAAGCUCUCUCUCUCUCUCUCUCUCUUUUCUGUCUCUCUGUUUCUCAACUUUCAACCUCGUGACAGAUAUCCAGGUACUACGAAUUUGUUUCCCAGUGUUAUAAUCUUCUGUAAUAUUUCUGGGUUUUGAUUGUUUCUUGGGUUGGAGUCAUCUUUAUCUGUUUUGGAGGUCCAAUAUCAACGUUACUUGUAGCAUACUCUAAUUUGGAAACCUUGGGUCUUGAGGGGUGACUUUGAAUUGUUCAAAAGAAUUUAAGAUAAAGCUUGGAUUUCUAUCGGUCGUGUAGUCCAAAUUCUUCAAUUUUGAUGGAUUGGAUGUAGAGAGUUUUCGAAUUCUUUGGCAAGAUUGAUAAGAAAGGUUAGAGUUAGCUAGAUUGAUAGGGAGGUUAUUUGUUGUUGCCCUGUUGGUGAUUGUAAUUAUAUAUACAAUAUAUAGAAGACAUGGGUUGCAUGAGCUCUAAGUCUGCGGCUGUUGAAGAUAGCCGUGAGAAUCACAAAGAGAGGUUGACGCGAAAGGGGUCAUUAGAUAAGCUUGUUCCACGAGCUAAUUCAUCAAGAAGAGAGCAGGCUGUUCGAUCAAAGGAAUAUGAUGGCGGUGAUGUGAAAGUCUUGUUGAUCGAUAAGAAAACGAGUGGUUCCAAUCGUUUUUGUUAUAACGAUCAGGUUGAGAAGAAGAAGAUCAUUGAUAAGUUUGAGAUGAUUGAGAAAAAUAAGGUGGAGAAGUGUGACGUUACAAUUGCUGGUCAUAAUCCAGGUUCAGGAAGGGUGCUGAAUAGCAUAGAAGGAGAGCAGGUUGCUGCAGGGUGGCCUUCUUGGCUUGUUGCUGUGGCAGGUGAAGCUAUCAAGGGAUGGAUACCACGACGUGCCAAUACUUUUGAGAAGUUGGAUAAAAUUGGCCAAGGAACUUAUAGUAGUGUGUAUAAGGCUCGUGAUGUCAUUCACAAUAAACUUGUGGCUCUGAAAAAAGUGCGGUUUGAUAAUCAUGAUCCUGAGAGUGUGAAGUUUAUGGCAAGGGAGAUUAUGCUUUUACGAAGACUUGAUCAUCCAAAUGUUAUUAAACUUGAAGGCUUGAUCACAUCCCCAAUGUCAUGCAGCUUAUACCUUGUUUUUGAAUAUAUGGAACAUGAUCUCGUGGGACUUGCAUCACUUCCUGGGAUCAAGUUUCCAGAGCCUCAGAUUAAAUGCUACAUGCAGCAACUUCUAAGUGGACUUGAUCAUUGUCACAGCAAUGGUGUCCUUCAUCGUGACAUAAAGGGUUCAAAUCUUCUCAUUGACAGUAAUGGAAUCUUAAAGAUUGCGGAUUUUGGAUUAGCAUGUUCUUUCGAUCCUCAUGAUAGUGUUCCAAUGACCAGCCGUGUGGUGACUCUUUGGUAUCGACCACCAGAACUUUUGUUAGGAGCUUCACAUUAUGGGGUUGCAAUAGAUUUAUGGAGUGCUGGUUGCAUACUUGGGGAACUAUAUUCUGGCAAACCUAUUUUGCCUGGGAAAACAGAGGUUGAGCAAUUACAUAAGAUUUUUAAGCUAUGCGGCUCACCAUCUGAGGAAUACUGGAAAAGAGCUAAAUUACCUCAUUCGACAGUGUUCAAGCCUCUACACCCAUAUAGACGAUGUGUUGCUGAAACAUUUAAAGACUUUCCCUCUCUUGCUGUGAGUCUCAUGGAGACCUUGCUUUCCAUAGAUCCUGUUCAUCGAAGAACUGCAGCUUUUGCUCUGAAGAGUGAGUUCUUUAAAACUGAACCUCUUGCUUGUGAUCCUUCAAGUUUACCCAAAUAUCCUCCUAGCAAGGAGAUUGAUGCUAAGCUUCGGGAUGAAGAAGCUAGAAGGCAAAGAGCAGUUGGGAGCAGGGGUUCAAGGGUUGACAUGGAAAGAAGGGGACAGAAGGAAUCACUUGCAAUACCAACAUCCAAUUCUAAUACUGAGCUGGCCACAUCAAUGCAGCGAAGACAACCUCAUCCUAAUUUCAAGAGCAGGAGUGAGAUGUUCAACUCUCGUAAAGCAGAUGCCAUUUCUGGUUUUCUUAAUGAUCCUCCUAAACAGACACAUGCUGCAAAAGAAGGAAGUAGAGAUUUCUUAGAGUACAAUGGAAAGAAAAUUUCACAUUCAGGUCCGUUGGUCCAUGGCACUGUAUUUGGGAAGUCUGGGAAGGAACAUGAUGAUCUUCAUAUGGUUUCAUCCAGAGCCAACUUAUCAAAAUUAUCUGGUUUAGUAGCUACUAGAACUUUGGCUUCCGAAGAUCACAGAGAGAAACCUGGACCUUUGACUCUAGAAGCAGUAAACCAAGUGGGCAGGUCUCAGAGAUCAUUUAAUGAAUUAGAGUCUGCAGGAAAACAGAAUGUCAGACGUCAUAUACCAAAGACUGCAGAGUCUCCCCAGACAGGAGGUGGAAGAGCCUGCAUUAAGGAAUCAAGUCUGCAUGGUCGUGGUCCUAGGGGAAACAAAAUUUAUGUCUCUGGUCCAUUGCUUGCUCCAUCCGACAAUGUUGAUCAGAUGCUUAAAGAGCAUGACCGCAAGAUCCAAGAAUUUGCUCGAAGAGCAAGACUUGACAAGACAAAACUUGGGAAACUACAAGCUCAAGGGAAGCAAGUAACAGAAAAUUCAUUGUUUCUCUCCACUCACGGAGCUGGAUAGAUGUUUUAUCCUAAUUUCUCUCUUGUGGUGGAGCUGGAAAAAUCAGCUAACCUGCUACCCAGAGAGAUAACUAGUUUACAGUAUCUAUUUUGUAUAGUAAGUCCAUUGUUUUUCUUUGAUUUGGUAAGGUAUAAAUGUGCCUUUUAUAGAAUAUAAUUCUUUGGCUUUGUAGGUCAUUAGUACUCUUUAUACAUCAAGAAUAGGAUCAAUUAAAAGCAUUACAAUUUUGAAACUAUUCUUGUCAAAGUCUUAUUUCAUGGAAUUAGAAUAUUCAGAAAUGGUGUGAAAGUGGAUAAAAAGAAAUGUUUUCUGGCCGUCA